GUUGUAAUCGCGCUAAAAUGCUAUUUUUGUAGUACUCCGUUUGUCCUUCACAGGUCAUGUACUUGUGCGCGUUGUUUUUUUUGUCAUCACAACAAACUCGCACACGUACACGCAUAGCAGCAAUACCGGGUCUAUGAGGAGUGUUACCUAUCUAACGCGUUAUUAUUCAUAUCUCCACUUCAACAUUCAAUGUGCUGGUGGUGAGGACAGGCUGUCGUGAGCCGGGUUUUAAAGAUUCCAGUAUUGACCCAACGAAGCUGACAUGGAGGUGAUCCUCGUUGGAGUUGCUGCAUGCGUCCUUGUGGCUUCUUUGAAAUUCCUCUUCGGGAGAAGCAAGAACCAAGGCAGCCUACCCCCAGGACCUUCCGGUCUUCCCAUCAUUGGCAACGUUCACCAGAUUGAAAUUGUGCGCCUUCACCACAGUGUGGAGAAAUUCAGAAAAAGGUUUAAUGGCAUAUUCCGUCUGAACAUUUUUGGUCGGAACAUUGUUAUCGUGGACUCCUAUGAUCUGAUGAAAGAAGCUUUCACUUCUCCAGCUCUGGCGGACGCGUUUGCAGACAGGCCGCCAAUUUUCCCCGGAAAAUAUGUUCUGCCGAGCGACAUCAUCUUCCAGCCCUACACGCCGAAGGUAGUCCAGUUCCGGAAAGUCCUCCACCAAGUCAUACGGGCUCACGGAAGCGAGUCCACAUCGAAAGAUACUAUCUACAUGGAAAUUGACCAUCUGAUAGAAAGAUUCCAAGCACACGGGACUGAUGCCUUUGAUCCUAAACACGACAUUUACAUUUAUAUCACCAACACCAUGCUAACACUUCUGACCGGGAGGCGACGAGAGGCGAAUGAUAAGCUGCUGAAGCUGGUGUGUAGUAUAGAGCAUCAUCUCAGCUAUCUGGCCAAUCCAGGCAACAGCACUCUGAUGGAGUUGUUUCCCUUUUUGCGAUACUUCCCCAACAAAGCCGGUCGGUGUUACAGAGAGUUUAUGGUGAAAAUCGAUGAAAUCAUCGAACUGUUCCGCAAAGAAUAUUCGAAUGGAGACAUUGAUGGGGAAAGCACGGUGGGGCAGCUGUUGUCAGACAACAUGGAGGUGGAAGGGAACAAGCUGACUGAGGACGACAUCAGAGGACUGCUCAUGGAUAUCCUUGCCGCAGCUGCGGAAACAACACGACAGACGCUGCUCAGCGCAUUGUUGUAUUUAGCCAAACAUCGAAACGUGCAGGAGAAAAUUCAAGCUGAAAUGGGCAGAGUUGUUCCCCUUGGCACCGUGGUCAUGGGCGACGACAAGGUUCGCCUGCCUUACACCAGCGCCGCUCUGUUAGAGUUUUACAGGGUGCACAGCCCUUUACCUCUCCCUUUUCCCCACGUUGCAAAUCGGGAUGUUGACUUCCAUGGCUACCACAUACCCAAAAACACAACAGUGUUAUUCAGCAUGUGGUCAAUACAUCACGACGAAGACUUCUGGGAACGACCAUUCGACUACAUUCCUGAAAGAUUCCUUGACCACAGCGGCGAACUGCUUCCCAAUAGCGAUGAAAAACGUCGCCGAGUGGUCGCCUUCGGCCUUGGGAAGCGCAUAUGUCCUGGUGAAGGUAUGGGUCGUCUUCGCGUCUUCCUCUGUGCGGCCAACAUUCUGCAAAACUUCGACAUACUUGAGGACAAGUCAUGCCCCUUGCCCCCUGCAGACUCACGCACCUUUGAGCAAGGGGUUGUCCUCUAUCCACCCGCGUAUAAGAUACGGCUCAGGAAGCGAGAAAGCAAAUAGUUUUUGCAGCAGCAAGAAAUCGCUUGAUUUCUAGGAACAGCGAAACUAUGCUCCUUAAAGGCGCUAUGCACUGUAGUGUUGAGUUUACCUCAGUAUAGGCCCAGACGUUGUAAUGAUGGACAUGUUAUAAAAAUCACACAUCGUCAGUGUGUUGUGGUUAUCGUUACUAUUAGGUUGAUCAGGCCAUGCAUCAUAAAUGUUAGGCUGACAAACAAAUAUAUUAGGCUUGCUGUGGCUGCCAAUUUAACAAAUUGCUCCUAAUUUAAAAAAUAUAUUUUUUAAUUAACUAAUAGACAUAUAUACAAAAUAUAAUUUGUUCAAGGAGACGAACAAAAUGGUGCUUGAAUCAAGCUUGCUAGCACUGCCAAUUUCGUCAAGCCAAAAGACCCUUCACAUGUGGACCAACAUAAUAUUAUACAAAUAACCAAUACAAUCAUGAACAUGUAUACAACUUGAAUUAUAACAUGUAAUUGUUAUGUUUGUCUUGCCUUAUAUGCUUUCGAUCAAUCAACAAGAACACAAAUAAUUAAAUAGGGGUCACGGGUGGCUCAGUCGUCUAAGGCGCCGCGAUUCGCUGUGCAGAGUUGCGUCCCUUGGGCACGCCAGAAACCUAUGAUUGCGGGUUCGAAUCCCGGUUCGCCCCGAUUAUGUUUCUAGGUUUGUCAGCACCAUACCCGUGCUCGUGGGUUUCACCGAAGUGGUAAACGUCUGAGACCUGCAUCACUUCGGGCUUUCCUCCCACACUAAGCUGACACGCCGCGAUAUAACUGGAAUACUGUUAAAAGCGGCGUUAACCACAACUCACUCACUCACUAAUGAAAUAAGACAAAAGCAAUAUGAUUCCUACAUCUUAUGAUCGUUCCCCUUCUUGUGAAGCCGCCUUUCUGUAAUACGUUUUGAAUCUAUUAUGACAACAACGUCUGUUGAGGGUUAUACUAAAAUGCCACUGUGCACUAAGAAGGUAAUAAUAGUAGUAAGUAUUAACAAAUUGAAACGAUCAAUGCAUUGAACAAGCUAUCAAAUCUGUCAAUUAUUAUGUUUCUCCCACCUUAUGUACGUGUAUACUUUACAAUGCUUAAAUGAAUCUGACAGGCUACGAUCAAAACUUUUUUCACUGUACCUGAGGUCAACAUGUAUCAUGUGAUUGAUCAUGUUUGCGUGUUGGAUACGUUUAACAACGUCAAAAGCUAUUUACCAUAAGUAUUGCAUGAUGUUCUAAGUCCAUGGCUGCUGAAAUUUGCAAAACGAAGGUAUGGUGACGAUUGGGUCCAGGGUAUAUAGUGUAAAGAAUGAAGAUAUUAUACACUGGAUAAUCGAGGAUGAUAGCUGUGUGAAGUGUCACUUAUAACGGUUUAUAUCUGCUAGUUUUUACUUUUAUACGAGAAUAUUAUUCAUUUUUCGUGCAAACUACCAGGGUUGACAUAACAGUUGGUGUGGUAUGAUGCGAUAUAAGCAUAAAUGUACAACGGAACCCCGCCAAUCCGGACGAUACGGUCAACGUGUUUCCUACAAUGUUCCUUCAGUGAGUCGGGCAAUAUUCCAGUUCCAGCCUUUGGUGUCAUUUCAUAUUCUGCUUUUAGUUGAGAUUUCUUAUGAUAUUUGCAUUUUGUUUGUCGCUUUUAAAUACAUAUAGACAGUAUGCGUUCGGUGUAAGGAAGUGUAACUGUGGCGACGCAUGAAUUGGAUAUUGAGCAGAAACAAGUUACAAUUGACUUUAUUCCUCCACAAAUGAACAGGCUGCCAUACAUGUCGCAUCAAAAUGAAAACACUGUGCCACAGGCAUGGUGCCACUGUCUUGCUACACCCAUGACACGACGCCAGCAGUGUUAGGAACGGAUACAGGACCAAGACCGGCGCUGAAGUCACUUCCGCCGGGACCAUAUGUACCUAAAAUAGAAAUAAACUCAAGUAAACAUUA